AUCGUUAUCAGGAAAUAAUGUUUCGUACGAGAAUGAAAAAAGGAGUAGACGACAACUAUAGACUAAUAAAUAAAUUUUGCUUAAUAAUAAUUACAUAUUGAUUAACUCCUUAUAUUUUUAUUUCUCUGUCUUCUUUCUUCUCUCUUCCUCUAAUAAUAUGCAUCGAAAAUGAAGAAAGGAAAUAAAGAACUUUGUUUCGUUAAAGCUAAGAAAGUGAUAUAUAUUCUUCAGACAAUACAUCCUCCUCCGUCGUUGUCGUUCGGUGCUUAAUGCGCGAAUUCCUUUCUCGGUUAUUCGACACCUCAACGCAAGGUAAAGAAAGCCGCGGAUUCUUAAAGCGUCCAGGCCGCCGACGAUUUCGUAAGCGAGAGUGACCGGAACAUAAUCGGAUUAACUUUUUCUUCUUAGUUUGAAUUUACCGCCUAUAGGAGCCGUGGGUCACGUGAUCCUGGGGAUCGCGCGAAUUUUCAAACGAUCCCGAAAGUUUCCUUUCUCACGCAGGUAUUUCCCUUUGAAAUAAAAUUCGUUCGAAGAAAGUGAUAACGAGAGAUUGAUUAGAUCGUAAACGUCAUUAUUCGUAAAUAACGAAAUUUCUAUUCUUCUCCAUCUGCACCUUCGUUUGACAAAAAUGAACGUUUCUUAACAGCGUCAUUGACUUUUGUCAAAUUUAUUCGUUUCGAAGGAGAAUAUCUUAAAACUCUCGUUGUUGAAGUAAAGCCCUCCCCCCCCUCCCUCGCCGUGCCUCACAUUCCUCGUAAUUUCGGUUCGCAUUUGACCCGCAAAGCGUGCCGAGAGGUGGAUCGAUUAAGAGAGAACGACGAUAGGUCAGUUACGUACGAGAUUUACAUGCCCCAGCUUCCGCGUGAUCCAUCCGUCGUCCCUGUCUCUCCCUCCCCUUCCCCCUCUCUCUUCUCUCCCUUCCGUUUUCCCUGUGUGCUUUAUCGGAGAGAUUCGACCGCGAACUACGCGCCUUUUUUUCAACGAACAAUGUUCAAGGUCACGAUUAAAUAUAGAACCGAAGCUCUUCUCUCUUUUAUCAUCGUUCCAAGUAAUAAAAGGGAAAAAAAGAAAAAUUCGUUUACAAAACACACGAUGAAUGUUCGUUCGGAUCUUAUCGUCUCUCGCGUAUAUGUAUUCGUCAAUGAGUUUAUACCAAGCGUGGACAUUUUUGAAGGGUUCGUUUUGCUCUUUACUUGUAAGUACAUUAUCGACAUACGGAAUGUAGUCGUACGCGGAAACACGGCGCUUCUAAUAAUAGGCGACACGUUCCACGACGUCACUUAUUGGUCGGCUUUACUUAGUCCUCUGGAGAGAGUGAGAGAGAGAGAGAGAGAGAGAUACGCGCGUCUAGUACGUAUGGCACGUUGUCCGUAAACGAUAUGGCGCUUAUUGCGAAGUCGCAUUUUAUCCAAUAAAAAAAACUUUGACAUGAAUUAGCGAUUUUUGUGAUCGAAGGUCGAUAGAGGAAAAUAGAGAGAGAGAGAGAGAAGAGGGGGGAGAGAAUAAAAAAUAUGGCCGUCGUAUUGUCCACUAUUUUUCUUACUUUUUUCGAGCUCGAGCUUCCAGUCACGUGGUAUUGUUUACCAACGUCGAUCAAUCGUACUGAGACCACACUGUCGCCACUAUCUCUCUCUCUCUCUCUCUCUCUCUCUCUCUCUCUCUCUCUCUCUCUCUCUCUCUCUCUCUCUCUCUCUCGUUCGACGUUAAUCCUCAAACGAAUAGGAAUUGCAAUUUGUUUGUAAUUUAUUUUCGCUCGAUACCGAUCGCGUAAGUUAAUCGUCGUGGCCCCGCUAGAACGAACGAUGGGGGAGUAAUGUAAACGCGUAAUUAACGGGAAGCUUGUAUAUACACGAACGCAAACUCUUUGUCUUUCUCAUUCUCGUUGUUUAUCCUAUUGUUAAGAAAAGUCACGUGGCGCAGUGCGCGCUAGAGCCAAUAAUCAUUAGUCAACGUUGUUUUCAAUAUCGUCGCAACGUCCUGUUGCGUGUCUCUAGGAGCGAGCUAGUGUAUGUGCGUGUGAGAGAGAGAGAGAGAGAGAGAGAGAGAGAGAGAGAGAGAGAUGGGUAAAGAUAGAAAGAGGAAUAGGUAGGUAGAUAAAUAGAUAAAGACAGAGAGAAGUCGCGAGGUCGCGAGUAGUAGCAGCAGCACCACCAAUGGCAGCAGAUGUCGAUAGGCGAAGGAUAGAAAGAUAUCAACUCUGUCGUCGGUACAGAAUGAAGGCGGACAGUGACGUCAAGUGAGAAGGAAAGGGGGUAACGUAAUAAGGAAGAAAAAAACUAAAGCCCCUUUCGUGAGGAGGACGCAUGCACUGACGAAAGCGGAGAAAAGGCUGAACCUCUGAGGUGUAAAACAAGGUAAAAAAAAAAGAAAAAAAAAAAAAAAAAAAAAAAAAAAAAAAGAAAAGAAAAGAAAAAAAAGAAAGAAAGAAAGAAAAGGAAAAAAAAAGUAAAAGACGAAACCAAGGAGGAACGCAACGGAUCACCGCCAAAUGCUAAUAAAAUUAGUCGAUGAAGAAAAAGCACCAGCAAGACACAAGAUACAAGCACGCAUACACAAAUACAUCUACAUACAAGAAAUAAAUAAUAAUAAUAAAAAAAUAAAUAAAUAAAAAAUAUACAAUUUUCGUGGUAACGUGUGGAAAAGUGAGAGUGAGAGUGUACGAGGUAGAGUAAAAGAGAGAAAGAGAUAGUGUGUUUUGUGUGGUACAAAAGAAUAAGAGAGAGAGAGAGAGAGAGAGAGAGAGAGAGAGAGAGAGAGAGAGAGAGAGAGAGAGAGAGAGAGAGAGAGAGAGAGAGAGUCAGCGCGUGAAAGUAGUGUACGUGGAAGAAGGAAAGAAAGAGGUAAACAAGCGGCAACAAGCAGAGCCAACGGCACGACAACAGCAAGAAGGAAAACAAGUCAAGAAUAAGAGAAGGAAGAAGAGAAGAAGCUGAACGAAGUCGUGGGCGUGAGCGCGUGUAAAUAAGAGCUAUUUUUUCGUAUGAUAAAGAAAAAGGACGAGAAGGCGGUAGGUUUUGUCGUUUCGAACGCGUGGAGAGGAAGAAGAAGAAGCCAAAGAGGAAUAGAAUACGUUCGAUGAUCCUUCAACGAAAUAUCUGAGAAAGAAAGAGGAGGUGGAGGAAGAAGAGGAAGAGAAGAAGAUAGAAAGAACCCUUCGAUCGAAGGGACAUACACGAAUCGUUUGGAUAUUAUAUCCUCCGUUUCGAUGCUCUUCGAUUCGAGUAGUCCACGCUUCUUCCUCCUGGCGUGGAAUCUUUUCUUCUUUUAGAGGGGAAGUGAGAGAGAAGUAAAAAGAUAAAAGGAAAUACAUACAUACACACACACGCACACACACGCACACAUACAUACAUACACACACACACACACACACACACACAUAUAUAUAUAUAUAUAUAUACAUAUAACAGAGAAGGAAAGAUUGGACGUAGCGAUUUUCCGCGAGACUCUUCCCUUCCCGCUGGUAGAUAGAAGGGAAAAGAAGAAGAAGAAAAAGAAGAAUAGUAGUAGUAGGUUGACGUACGGUGCUGUAGUAGUGCUGGUGGCUGUUGUGGUGGUGAUUGUGUCUGGUGAGAGAAAGAUAGAGAAAAGAAAAAAAGGAGAAGCAGGAGGAGGAGGAGAGCAGUCGAGCGGUAUCGAGAGGGCAGCCGUGCCCCAUGUUGUGAGCGUCUGAGGACUGCCGGGGGCAGAAGUGAAAGGGUGGGAAGGGUGCCGCGGGCAUGGAGUAUGGAGGCGGGGGCGGUGUGGGACGUGGGGGUGUCCAACCUCCCUCCGCAGGUGCGAGGGGCAUCGCAGGCACCGACACUAUCGACGCUGCGUGGCACAAACACGAACAAAUGAUCCUCAUGGAGUCCAGGCACAAGCAACAAUUGAGCGGGAGGACGGGGACCGGAGGGGCGCCCUUGUACGGGCGAUUGGUCGCCGAAGAGCCCAUGCCCCCAACGGUAUGCGGCGGUGGUGGUGGCGGAGGUGGUGGGGGUACCGGUGGGGUUCCGCAGGAGACCCCCGCGGACAUUCACGCCAUGCAGGCCAGGAUACCCCACAGAUUCCGCGAUCCAGCCACGGCACCCCUGCGGAAGCUCAGCGUCGAUCUUAUCAAAACCUACAAGCACAUCAACGAGGUUUAUUAUGCGAAGAAGAAGAGAAGAGCACAACAGAUGCAGGGAGAAGAUGGUUCGCAUAAAAAGGAAAGGAAGCUUUAUAAUGACGGUUGGGACGACGACAACCACGAUUACAUUAUCAAGAAUGGGGAAAAGUUCCUCGAUCGAUAUGAGAUCGAUUCAUUAAUAGGUAAAGGCAGUUUUGGCCAAGUAGUAAAAGCAUUUGACCACGAAGAGCAAACGCAAGUGGCAAUAAAAAUCAUCAAGAAUAAAAAACCUUUUCUAAAUCAAGCGCAAAUCGAAGUUAGGUUAUUGGAAAUGAUGAACAGGGCGGAUACAGACAACAAGUAUUAUAUAGUUAAACUGAAGAGGCAUUUUAUGUGGCGAAAUCAUUUAUGUUUGGUAUUCGAAUUGCUAUCGUAUAAUCUCUAUGACCUACUUAGGAAUACAAAUUUUCGGGGUGUCUCGUUAAAUUUGACAAGAAAAUUUGCACAGCAACUGUGUACUGCCCUCUUGUUCCUGUCUACGCCGGAAUUGAACAUCAUUCACUGUGAUCUGAAACCUGAGAACAUUCUUUUGUGCAAUCCCAAACGAAGCGCGAUAAAGAUAGUCGACUUCGGCAGUUCGUGUCAACUUGGUCAAAGGAUAUAUCAGUAUAUUCAGUCCAGGUUUUACAGAUCUCCAGAAGUUCUGUUAGGAAUACCAUAUGACCUCGCGAUAGACAUGUGGAGUUUGGGAUGUAUUUUGGUAGAAAUGCAUACAGGAGAACCUUUGUUUAGUGGGGCCAAUGAGGUCGAUCAAAUGAACAAAAUUGUCGAAGUAUUAGGUAUGCCACCAAAACGUAUAUUGGACCAAGCGCAUAAAGCGCGGAAAUACUUUGACAAAGUCCCCACGGAUGGCUCGUAUGUGCUGAAAAAGUCCAAAGACGGUAAAAAGUAUAAACCUCCUGGUACAAGGCGGUUACACGAAAUUUUGGGCGUUGAAAGUGGCGGUCCUGGUGGUAGAAGGAUAGGUGAACCUGGUCACUCCAUUUCUGACUACCUCAAAUUUAAGGACCUAAUUCUACGAAUGUUGGAUUUUGAUCCAAAGACGAGAGUUACGCCAUACUACGCGCUUCAGCACAAUUUCUUUAAGAGAACAGCCGAUGAGGGGACCAACACGAACAUUGCUGCUGCGAAUAGUGCAAAUACAAGUCCAGCAGUGGUGUCUAUGAGCCAGGAUCAUGGACUGGUAACCAUGUCAGGACAGGGCAGCAGCAGCAGCGGUAGUCUGAUGCAAGUGUCAAGCCUCCCUGGUAGCUAUCAACCCAUGGAAUGUGAGGCUUCACCUCGUCAUUCAAGUAGUCGGCGCGGCAUAACAACAGGCUAUCCAUCAACAUCAGCCACUGGGGUGUCUGCGUCCACUUCGAUGUCCAUGCAGCCCAUGGACAACAACUCGCUGAUACCAAGCUCUCUUGGAUCGUACAAUAGCCUAAUUCUACCUGGUAUACCCCAUCUGCCUGCGAUGAUGACCUCACCGAUGAUACAGCAGCAAAACUUCUAUAAUUACGGUUACUCGACGACCGAUACACAUGGGAUGGUUAGACAGCCGUCGACGGUCUCAACCGGUAAACAGAGAGAUCCGGAAAGGGAAGAUAGCCCUAUGGUUGGGGUGUGCGUCCAACAAAGUCCAGUCGCUAUCCAUUGAAUUAGAAAAGGAAAUAACGGAGGACAAUACAGAUGUUACGAUCGUGGGACCGUAGAAAACUAUUAAGCGGUUACGAAUCGAGCUCGUGGCAUGUUUAGAGUAUUGUCGUGGCGUCAACGAAGAAGAGAAGAAAACUAGGAAAGGAAGCGUACAGCUUGAAGUCGUCCCCAAACAUUAGUUUAUCAAGUACCAAGACAAGUAGUGUAAUAUUAUUGAUCACUAUGACAGUGAACCCUAUAGCUUUUCGGAAUUGGUUUGACUGAUCGACGUAGAGAAGAAGAAAAUGAAGAAGAAAAAUGAAAAGACGAUGACGAUGAAGAGGAAAUAGGACAAAAAGGAAACAAAAGAAAAAUGAAAAAGAUGAAAUUACAUGGAAAAACGCGUAUUCCAAAGCAAAUCACAAACGAAGCCUUCGUCUCUGAACCAAGAGAUAUUAUACCAGAAUGGAGACGUACUUUAAGCGUGAUAACAUUUAAUGACGCCGUGAAGAUACUGAUAAGUAGGAAAAAGCUAAGAAAAGGAAAGAACGAGGGUAACCUCUUUUUCUGUUACUUUUUUUUACAUGCUGACUGGCCCUAUAUUGGGCAUGGAUAUAAUAACUAGCACAGAAGAUUUAUGAAACUUUUCGAGCACGGACAGACAGUUAUGGUCUAGUGAGGAUGAACCCAGCUGGCCUCGUGGGUCCUGCCCGAUUCUGUAGACACUUUGAACAGUUUAGUCGAUAUAACAUUAAGAAGAAGAAGCAGAAGGAAGGAAAAAAAACAAAAAAAAAAAAACAAAAAAAAACAAAAAAAAAAAACAAAAACAAAAACUUUCGGCACCCAAACUGUGUGGCCUAGAGAGCAAAAAAGUGAUAAUUACUAUUAUUGCCCGCGUAAAAAGAAGGAAG